CUCUCACCCGCGCAAAGGCCUCUGGGAAACUGAGUCCACGGUCUAAAUAAUUCAAGCUUCCAUACCUUCUCUUCAACUGCUAACAAGAUGCCGGCCGUACAUCACAAACUGUUCCUGGAGGACGCUUUGCAGGACAGUCCUCAGACUCGCUCCUUGCUCAGUGUGUUUGAGGAAGAUGCUGGGAUGCUUACAGACUACACCAACCAGCUGCUCCAGUCCAUGCAGCGUGUGUUUGGAGCCCAGAGUGAGAUGGGAUUGGCCACAGAGCAGCUCUCACAGCAAUUAAUGGAUUAUGAGAAGAAAAAUUUUGCGCAUGGAAAAGGUGAUGAAGAGGUAAUCGCCACGCUGCAGAACUUUGCCAAAACUGUUGGGGAGCUGAACUCGCUCCACUCCGAUCUAGCCAGCCAGAUGGCCGACAGCAUGGUUUUCCCCUUGAUCCAGUUCCGAGAGAAAGACCUUACAGAGAUAAGCACACUGAAGGAAAUAUUUGGCAUCGCCACUGAUGAGCACGAGGCGGCUAUGGUCAAAUACAGCCGACUGCCCAAGAAGAAGGAGAAUGAGAAGCUGAAGUCAGACUUGGUGAAGGAGGUGGCCUACACUAGAAGGAAGCAGCACCAAGCCUCACUGCAGUAUUACUGCGCCCUCAACGCCCUGCAGUAUCGCAAGAGAGUAGCUAUGCUCGAGCCUAUGCUGGGCUACACACAGUCUCAGAUCCGCUUCUUCAAGAAAGGCAUUGAGCUGGUGUCAAAGAAGAUGGACAACUUUCUCUCCUCUGUGUCCAACAUGACUCAAAAUAUCCAGGCGCAGCUGGACACGGAGGCGGAGGCCAUGCGUGCGACCCAGAGGGAACUUCUUUCUGUGGAGGACACUGUCUAUAUGCCAGAUAAGGACAUUGAGCCUGUCAAUCGCACACUUAUCCAGAAGGCUGGCUACCUCAACAUUAGGAAUAAAACAGGCCUAGUGACCACGGCCUGGGACCGACUGUACUUCUUCACCCAGGGAGGUAACCUCAUGUGCCAGCCUCGUGGGGCGGUGGCGGGGGGCAUGGUGCUGGACCUGGACAACAGCUCUGUCAUGGCCGUGGAGUGCGAGGACAGACGCUACUGUUUUCAGAUAACCUCCCCCUCAGGCAAAACGUCAAUGAUUCUACAAGCUGAGAGCAAAAGGGAAUAUGAAGAAUGGAUUUGCACCGUGAACAACAUCUCCAGACAGAUCUACCUGACUGACAACCCAGAGGCUGUGGCCAUCCGACUGAACCAGAGCGCCAUCCAGGCAGUCACCCCCAUCACCAGCUUUGAGAAAAGACCUGAGGGCUCGCCCAACCCUGACAGAGCGAAGCCAGGCGGUGUACAUGCUACCAGUGCUGGUUCCCAGAAAACGGGGGCUGCUCCGGAACCAGAAGACCUGAUAGCCCCCGGGACACCCAUUCAGUUUGACAUAAUGCUGCCGGCCUCCGAGUUUCAGGACCAGAACAGGGCUGGAGGGAGACGCACAAACCCGUUCGGAGAAACGGACGAUGACUGUUCAAUAGAAAGUGACGACUCCCUCCUGCAGCAAGUAUUCGCCGUGCGCUUCCAGGGCUCAAUGGCGGUGCGCUGUGGCAACAAUCAGGAGGUGAUCUAUGAGGCCAUGAGGCAGGUGCUGGCUGCCCGAGCCAUCCACAACAUCUUCCGGACCACCGAGUCGCACCUCAUGGUCACCAGCAGUAGCCUCAGGUUGAUUGACCCUCAGACUCAAGUUACAAGAAUAAGUUUCCAGCUUGGAGAAGUGAGUCAGUUCGCAGCCCACCAAGAGAACGGGAGGCUGAUGGGAUUCGUGGUUGAGAGCAGAGACUGGAGUGACGGCGAUGAGGAGGGAGAGCCCUCGUUCAGCGCCUUCGUCUUUGAGAGCAACACGGAGGGCGAAAAGAUAUGUUACACCAUAAGUUUGGCGAAGGACAUAACGGAAGCUAAGAAGGACCCAGAGGCCCUGGCCCAGCUGAUGAAGAACAUGCCUUUAACCAACGACGGCAAAUUCCUGCUGCUGGAGCCUGAGACGGGCGACACGCCCAACGGAGCAGAAGAAGACCUGGAGUCUGAAGCCUAGUCCCAGUUAGGACCAAAACAAACUUUUGCCCAGGAGAGAAGGCUUUCAAUGGAUGAAGGUGACAUCAUGACCCUCUAGCCCCAACUCUGGUGCUGUAACACCCAUAUUAGUGUAGUUCACUUCCACUUACCCUGUGUUACUAGAGCUCCAGCUGUAAUCAAAGCAGAAGACUCUGGCAGGGGUCGCCUGGACCAAGAAGCACUUCUCGUGGGCGCUCCAUUAGAUCGCCUUUUCUAUGGUCGGACUGCGGCAUGCGUCUUUUGGAUUUGGAGUUGUUUUUACCAAUGUGGUUGGUACUUGCAUCAAAAGGGAAACUGCGUAGGUAUCGAUUUUGUGUUUCAUUCUCUUCUAAUACCCCCGGCCAUCUAACCGAAGUUGGUGUAUCAUUGCUUCGUUUUAGGUUUACGUUCAUUUUUAGGUUUACGUAGUUCGGAAUCUGUUUGGAGACUUUGUUCCUUUUUGCUUUAUUUGACAUGUUAACUUGUACGUAAUGCUCUUAUGCAACUACUUUGGCGUUUAUUUUCUUGUUUAUUGGUGUACAAAAAAAAGUCACUUCAUGUUAAUAUGGGUUUUAUAAUGCUCGAUGGCUACAGAAGUCAUCGUGUCACUUCCUUUAAUCUACUGUGUGAGCAUGUGUUUCCUAAAGCAGUGGAAACAAUUGGCAUGAGGGAUUAGACUCAAACGUUGUUGUUCUUUCUGCACAUCUUAAGCAUUCCCACUACACUGAAUUAAUGUAAUAUUUUAUAAUAUUCACCACUACCUAUACAAAACAAGUCUUAAGAUGAUCUGUAUGCAAGGUACUCCUUGAGCAGCCAAAAUAAUAUUUAGUCAAAUUAGUAUGUAGCGCUAUGUUUCCUGUGUUUAUAUGAUGUUUAAUCAGAGUUGGCUGCAUUAAAAGCUUUCAGAGUCAAUAUGCUAGGACUGAUGCGGUGCAUGAUUAAAUAAUGACGGUCCCUCUCUGUCGCAGAAUAUUAAAACCUCUACACGGAGCGCUGAGCUGUGAUACAAGAAAAGAAUGUCACAGUAACGCAUGUAGGCAGACCACAGUUGGGUAUUAUGUACUUGCUCUUUGCGUAUACAUAUGAAUACUAAACAGAACAACUGAUGGAAAACGAUUUGAUCUGUGAAAUUCUGCCUCUGGAUCCCAGGUCAGUUUUUAUUCCAUUUCAGCUGCAACACUCAUGUCAGUGGAAAGCCUGUGGUGCACUGUGUGAAUGUGACAUGUUUUUCCUUCUGUGUAACACAAAACCACUGACUUGACGUUGAUCGUGAAAGUUACAUUGUGUUGACCAGUGUGUCUGCUUGCUUUUUCUACUCCACAUCAGAGCGCUUGGUGGAUUAAGUGUGGAUAUUUCCUCGAACCGUCUCUACUGGUGAAAUAAUUAGUUCUGAUGUACGUUUGAGUGUUCGUGACACUACUCAUUGUAAUCAAAGGAAUAGUUUGACAUUUGGGAAAUGCGCUUAUUUGCUUUUUAGUGUAGAAUUGGAUGAGAAGAUUGAUCACACACACACACACACACCUACCUACCUGGCUGUAGCCUUAUAUUCAGACAAAUAUUAGAGCGGCAACAAUCAGGUCAUCUAACCCUCCACCAGAAAGCGUAAUUCCCUAAAUGUUGAACUUUUGCUUUAAUUGUUAAAAAGGUUAACCCCUUUUUUCUUUCUGUUGCCUGAUGUAAAUGCGGAUCGGCAUCUUCUAAUGCUGUAAACAAAAUGAUGUCCAUCCAACAUACUUGCACCUUCCUUCCUCGGGUGCUGGUUGAGAUGCUUCAAUCACAUCGAUAAUAAAACUAAAGCGAUGCAUACAAAUGUGCUUAGAACAUCA